AUGUCAACCACCGCGACAACUCCGCCCUCAAGCUCUAGUUCCAGGGCCAGAGACAGGCUCCCCCAACCAAUAUCGCACCAACAGCAGCUGUCCUUACUCCAACAACACCAGCCAUUUCCCUCUUCCACCUCCUCAUUUUCAAUCAGACAUUCGACCUGCUCCUCAAGCCUGCUUGGCCCGAACGACUCUGCGAGAAUAUCUCUCCUGCAAGGAACCAGCGCAAGCUCCAACGGCAGCAGCAGCAACUUUAAUUUCUCCAGUCAAUACAAUGGCCAGCCAUCCAGUUUCGAUCGUCGAGUGCCACCACGCAACUACAACCUUUUUGACCCUAUAACAUCGUUAUCCUCUAACGGCGCAGGGACACAGGGUGCUAAUGGCGCAUCAAGAGCCGGUGGAAGGACCUGGAUCCGAUCGAGGGGGUCAGCUGCUCACGACGCGUUCCUUCAGGACUCGGCAUCUGAUCUCAACUCGCUCUAUACCAUCGAUAGCACAACCCCAGCUCUCACUGAUCCGGAUGACUCGGUGGACGAUGGAGCGUCGUAUUUUGGGACAUCCGGACAGGAUUAUUUGCUGAAGCAGAAAAGAGCUUGGCGGUCAAAGAUGAUAUGCUGGUUGGACCUGAUUAUCCUAAUUGUGUUCACAGCAAUGGCUGGCUUACACGGACCAGUGACAGGCGGAGAGGGACAGGCACCAGAAGGAACAUGGACAUGGAGCUGGGAAAAGGUAGCAUGGCCAUUGACAGUCAUGGCUAUCGUACGCAUUUCGACGAUGGCAUUCACGGUUCGUUACAGUGACGGGAACUACAAUGCCGUGGUCAUCUUUAUUUGCGUGCUAAUUACCUUGCGUACAAUGUUCGAGGUCAACAUGGUCAUACAGCAUCGUCUCGAGAUCACUGCUACGCUCAUCGCGCAGUAUGCUGUAUCUGUGGUCCUGACACAACUUCAUUGGAUCUCAUAUUCCGCUCACACACCCAUGUCUGCGACUCUUGCUUAUGCAUACGAUCCACACUUGAGCGACAGCAUCACAUUCUCGCGCGAGUCCCGAUAUAUCGGAGCAAUCUCUCAUAGCCGGACACAGGCAUUGCGGCGGGGUACAUCAUACGGAACAAUGGGCAGUUCUCCGUUUGAUGCCGUGCAGGAGCAGGAUGAGGAACAGGAGGAUGACCCAGAUAUGUUUAUCAAAGUGAAUAUCGACCGCAAAAAAUCAACCUCCGUUACUGCUCGCACUCGUGAGAUGGAUGACGGAAGCGAUGAAGACGAUGGUGGAGCUGGCAAUGGUGAUUUUCGUGGCGAGGGGGAUGGCGACGAAGAUGGCGGAGAGGACCAGGACAUGGCCACGUUACUAGCAUUUCAGGAUGCACGGAGACAGCAGGUCUACGCCUUCUCGCCCACAGCAUCCUCUUCGGUCAUUCCUCCUCGAUCCAUUCUAUCGCCUCAGGCAUUACCUAAUGACUCUUCCAAUAUGAAUCGGGCGCCGCUCUCAUGGACACUUCAGAGACAACAGGACUCCUCAUCUUCGUACGAUAUGCGACUGGCGGCAGCAGGUGCUUCGGGUGCGGCAGCUGUAUCUGGCGGAUUGACUAUGGGAUAUGCGCCGAGGAAGCGAUCCUUGCGCUCGAAUCUCGAUCCCAACGGGACAGGAAGGAGGACAUGGACUGGUGGCCAUAAUAUCAUUUAUUCGGGCAUCUUUGUCGAGGACUCGGAUGAUGAGAUGGACCUUGGCCAAGGAGUAGGAGACGUCUCUGCGGUAUUACAGGACGAUGACCAAGGGGAAGGAAAUGGCACAUACGACUCACAUAAGCAGCUGGAAUUCGAUGAUACUAUCAAGGCGGAGCUCAACGACACCACCAUGACAGCACUUGAUAAUUCAAAAGAGAGCGAACCGCUUGCAGAUGAACUACAGUCUGAAGUAAAAAUCGACAUUAGCCUCUCAGGAUCAGUCAUUACUGUAGAGGAGCCAUCACAGACGCGACUAUCGACACUUCUCGAACCCGUUCCUGGUUUGCUGGAUGAUCAUGUGGAGCAUCGAAGAUAUCCUCAUUUUGAGGAGCCGGCUGUUGAAAGAGAAAAAAUAGGCACAGCGAUCGAUGCGUCAGAAGGAGAUACCGGACCAAACGGAGAUGUUGUCCCGGAGGGCCACCAGCACCACAUUCACGGCCUGUCCACUCUCAAGCUCAACAUAUCAUCGCAAAAGGAGAUCAUGGCGGUACUGUGCGAGGAGGACAAUUGCUCCGAACAUCAGUUUCAAGAGGGUCCUGCGGCUGAAUUGGAGAACGCGCUUGGUCCAAGAUUCACUGGCGGAAAUGUUGUUCAGCUGGACAUCAAAGAGAGCUCCACGGCUUCUCUUGAGAAAAAUGGAGAGAGUAUCAAUGAUUUUGGGGAUUCGUCUUUGUUGGGCACCAUUCACGGAAUCCCCGGGCAACAUUUUGAACCUCUAGAUGGAAUCAAGCUCGAUAUUCAGGGACCUGCGGUUGACGGUGACAGGAAUCACGGACAGGAUGAUCAGCAUGGCCAUGAGUCGAAUGAAGGCCAUACUCAGGAAUGGAUCGGAAGAACGACACUAGAAUUGGAGGUGGAUAUCGACCCUACUUCGGGGAGCACCCUUCCAGGACCUAAGAUAGAGGGAACCAGUUGCCCAGACAUAACAGAAGCCAUCGGAGAAAAUCUUAACGAGGGGGAACCAGGGUAUCGCAGGAUACAUAUCCACCAAAGAAUCGAGCACAUCGUCAUGGAUGAAGAGGACAAGGUCGGUGGCAACGACAUUCGGGAUACUGGUACCAUACGUCAAGGUCAUACUCACCCUUCGGCUAUCGCCAUUGGUGGAAUAGUCGUAGUGGAUGAUCCCUCGACGCUCACCAUCCAGCCAACUGCGAUUAUGCCGACUUCGAAUCCAGGACAGUGGGUGCAUACUCAGGACGCAGAGCGACCGACAGGUGUGAUCACCUGGGGUGUUGUGGAUGAUAUCCCUCAGUCCUUUCAGGAUGAAGUGAUCAUAGAACCUGCACCGGGGCCAGCAGUUUACAUCCCAUCUCAAAGGACAGCCAUCGUGGAAUAUCCUCAGCCAGGAACAAUCGGAAUUGUAUCUCCUUCUCAGCCAGCUGUUGCAAUUGACCCGCCAUCAAGACAGAUCGUUAUUCCGCCGCGACAGCCUAUCAUCCAGCAUCCACCUAUACCGCAGCCUCAGCCUCGCGUGAUUGUUCAGCCAAGGUCGGAACCUGCAGUCUAUAUGCCCCGGCCUCGUCCUGUUUUAAUUCCUCCUCAACCUGUUCCGCAGCCUGUUCCACAACCUAUCCCCGUCAUGCGGCCUCCUGUAAUGGCACAGCCGCUACCGCGAGCCUUCGUUCAGCCUCAACCACAAGUCAUUGUACCCGCUGCGACCGCCAUCGUUCCUGGGCCACAGAUCGCUGCGCCUGGGCCUCCCCUUGCGCAACCCGUUUAUGGAACAUAUGAGACCAUCGUCCCCGGAGUUACAGGCGGCGCAAGAGUAAUGCAGGGAGGUAUGGCUCCUCUAGGUGGUGGGCACUCUGUCGCCUCCAUAUAUGACGACCGAUCUGUGGUCUCCAUUUACGAAGACGACGUGCAUUCUGUGGUAUCUAUCUACGACGACCGCUCUAUUGUGUCCAUCAACGAGUUGGAAGACGUGCGGGCAGUAGUACCUGUUGCCGGCCCGGCAGGGCGACGACCCUGGAUGCAGGGACAGCCUAUUCCUGCAAUGACCCAUGGUCAUCAUCUCGCGUCCGCGGCACAUGUUCCAAGGCAAGCCAGAUCGCAAGCUAUGCAUCCUAUACAGGCUGAUGAUAUCGAUGCCUACUAUAGAUCAGAAGUAGACGGUCGUGAGAUCAUUGGGCGCGCGAGUCCUCUGAAAUAUCAGUCUUUCGACAGCCGAAGCGCGUUCGCAGACGGUCCUAUUGUUAGCAACCGGCAUGAACAUCGUGCGGACGAAAUUAAAGUCGAGUCGCAAGCCCAUGCCGUUUCUAGACACGAGUCAUUUCCCUCUGAUUCGGCCAACACAGAGCUAUCGUAUCAAGAAGUUCAGGUGCAAGAAGAACCAGUCCAACUACAGGAACUGGCUAUAGAGACUUACUUUGAUACCACAAGGUCGCAGCUAAAGGUCAGGGAGCAGCAGGGCCAGCUUCUAUUCGAGAUGGCUCUUCAACUGAAAAAGAGGCAGCAGCAGGUACAGAGGAAGGAAAAGCAGGAAAAGGAGCUAGCACAGCUGCCACUGCUUGAGACUUCCCAACGAGCACAAUCACAGGACCAGGACCAGAGCCAGACCCAGACCCAGACCCAGAGCCAGACCCAGACCCAGAGCCAGAGCCAGAGCCAGGACCAGGGCCAGGACAGGGAACAGCAGCAUAAGCAGUACCUUCCAUCUCCUCCAUCGUCCAGUCGAGCGGCUUUUGAGGCCCCAACCUCGCCCAUCUCGUCCAUCUCCGCAUUAUCGCGAUCCAUUCAGCAGCAUCAGUCGCCUCCAGUUCUUACCUUUCCAAAACCACCUCAAAGCCCACCUCCGGUUCGACUCUUGGCGAACAGAGGAACCCAUCUGCCACCGACUCAACCCCGAAGUAUUCCCAUCGUGUCUCGAUCCCCUGACCGGCAACACCAAGCGGGGCAUGUCAGUAAGACAGCAUUAGCUGCAGCCGAUGCCGAUGGAAGCGACGUUGAGGUUGUCUUUUCAACGUCAACUCAGGACGCUGAGCACAUCAUGCUUCAGUCCAGAAACCAAAAGCAGAGCAUCCCAAUUACUGAAAGAUUUGGCGCUGGAACAGCUGAUAAACCACCUUUGCCGCAUUCAUCCUUGAAGGCUAAGGCUGGCCAGCGAGCAGCCACGGCACGAAAGCUUCAGAAGAAGCAGCACAUAGCCCCGAUGAGCCGUCAUCAUUUGCACCCUUCAUCGUUGCAAGAGGGUAUCAUGGCGUGCUGGAAUAAUGAGUUUGCAGCCUCACUCGAAGUUUUCAAAGAGCAUUCGACGGCCUUCCCGAGGUGGAGUCUUGCAGCGGCAGAGGUUCAUGUCGUGCGUCAGUUGAUCAGUGGGCAGCUCUCCGAGGCCGACUCAGAACUCAUGGAUGCGCUUCAACUCUCAGAAAAAGUCGCAUCCCGCAUACUGGACAGGAGACAGGAAUUCGAUGCAAGCUUUAUGAGCUACCGAUCGAUAUGCAGUGCUGAUGCUACCUUAGUCACGUCAAAUGACAACACCCUCCGACAAAACUACAAGUGGGAUUGCGAAAUGGCCUUCUACGACACCUUGCUCUAUCGCGGUAUUCUGCAGCUGACAUCGGCCUCAGACACCAAGGGAACGUUUUCAGACAUCAAGGGUGGGCUACAGCUAAGGCGUGCGUGGAAGGGAUAUAUGCGGAUCAAACAGGAGAUGGAAAUCGCUAAGGAGCGGUGGCAAAAGCUGUCAAGUCUGGUGCAGUCGCAAUCCAAAAGCGGGGGCCAUCAAAAAGGAGCGUCGAUUAACGCUGGGCAGAACCACAGCGUUCAAGCAGCAGUAGAGGAGGAGCGAUCUGCUCACUCGACCAAGAACGCUCGCCCUGGCAAGUUGACCAAGACUGUAACAAUGCCCAUUUCUAUCCCUACUGGCACAUCCAACAAUCCGCCGGCGAGUUCCAAGAAAGGCGCGCCGCUAUCGACAUCUCAGCCAUCUGAGGGAUCACGUUGGUCUAUCUUCGGUAAACGAAGCAGCUGGAACCAUUCAGCGGCAUCUUUGUCGACCUCUCCAGCAGAUUCCCUUGAGUAUCCUCAGGAGGGUGAGCGCAGCGGCUCCUGGUUCUUGUCGUCGAGCCCAUCUACUUCCAAGGGUCUGGCGAGUAUUCUCAGGGACCAGACCAAGGCUGCAGAGGAUAUCAAGACUGCUGUCAAGGUUCUGGAGGAUAUUGAGGACUACAUGCGCUAUGGAAUAGGGCUGUUUUAUUUCAUUGUCUCGAUCGUUCCAAAAUCGUUGUUGCCUGCACUUAAGACAAUCGGGCUGCAGACGAAUCAUGAGCAAGGCAUCAAGGAUCUGGAAGCAGUCUUUACCCGCAAAAAUGGUCGAGCUCCGUUUGCGGCGUUAUUUCUAUCGAUCAAUUACCUGUUCUUGCCCAGGGGAAUGAACGAUCCAUCCAUAUCUCUCGGAAGAGCAGGAGAAAUCAUCGAUGAGUGCCUGAAGACAUGCCCCAACGGAUCGAGUUACCUUCUGAUGGCAUGUCAUCAUGCCCGCAAGACAGGCAAUAUGAUCCCUGCUGCCCUAAACCAUAUCACUCGAGGCAUCCAAACGUGCGAAACUGCGGGCAUUCCUUCUAUCAACUACCGCUUCGAGCUCGGAUUAACGUUCUUCAUCCACCAAGAGUUUGGCAAGGCAGCCGAUAUCUUCGAGAUUCUCUGGAGAAGGUUCAUCAUUAUUAAUGCUAUGCCAAUUGGUGGGGCCGUAGGGGCUGCAGCAUCAGCUGGCGCUGGCCUAGGACGGAGAAGAAAAGGCCGCAGCAGCAGCAUGAGUCAACCCGCCAGAAACGACCCUGCGACUGGAAGCGGCAUCGGUGCCUCAUUCGAGACGGAAGAAGACGAGGAUGAUUUUGAACUAGCACCUUUCUGUGGGCUGUGUUUGAUCGCCAGCAAGAUGGUCAUUCGGUUAGGACAGGAUGGAUACUUCGGAUACGGCAGGGAUGGGUUCGGACACCUCAGCAGCGACGGAGGCAUGUCCCCAAUCUCUGGUCUUUUGUUUGAGAAUGGUGUCGGAUCUUCAACGCCGCUCAACUUUCCGCGACCAGGACCUGAUUCGGAUCUACUAAUGGCUGCCUAUGAAGUGAUAGCUGUGAUGUCUGGUUCUGAGCAAACUACCACCACAAUGACUUCAGGCGGCAGCAUAAUCUUGGAGCAUUCCAAGUCAUCCUCCACUCAGUCGACGGAUACCAGUGGAGGCAAAUCCACGGCCACUUCCCAGAUGCUCCCUUCGUCUGCUCCCACGCAAGCAGGAAAGCUCAAUCGUUUCAAUAAGUUUGCCUGGAAUCAGUGUCAAAAGAGUCUUCAGCGUGGGCGUAUCUCGCCAUUCUUGCCUUUAGUGAUUCUGUACCUUCGACGCGACCUAGCAUACAUGAGACCCGGUGUGCUCAGAAAAUAUCGCGUCCUUUUGGAAACCACCUGGAAGUCUGUACAACAAACGGCGGACGCUGACUCACAAGCGAUCUACCUCUUAUUGAGCGCUGUCGUGCACCGCCAAUUGCUUCCGGAUGAUGCUACGUUCGUAUACACCGCCCUAACCGAUUGUCUGCUGCUUGAAGCGACUAUUGAGAGCGAGCUGUGGGUCAUCCCGCACUGUCACUACGAGUUGGGCGAGCUGUUGUACAAGCAGCUUCAUCUACCACAAGCAGCUCUGGAGCAGUUCCAAUGGAUUGUCAAAGGCCCUAGCAAAGAAACCCGGCCCUCCAGCAUAUUCUAUAGCUCUGCUCCCGCCAGCUCCAAUCCACGGCUCUCUGUAUUCGGAGGCGGCUUUCCUUCCGACACAGUGACCAAUCUUGUCGAAAGCGUCGCUGCCACGCAGGCCGCACAAGCUACAGUUUCGAGUGGAGGUCACUCGAAGCAUCCGUCGACGACUUCUAAUCAUCGUCUCAGUCAGUUGUUCCCGCCUAGUAGCGGUAGCGCCAUCCUCGGAUCCUCACCGAAGCAUGUUUCCUCAAUAGCCAACCCACCUAGCCCGAUGGCAUUCUACAACUCGAGAUACAAAAAGUUCGAGUUCUCACAGGCGCUGAGACAGAGAAGCUCGAUUUGUGUAGAGCAGCUUCAGAAGGAAAUCGAUGUCAACACAAGUGGCUCUUCCAGCACGCCUGCGAGUCGACGUGCCUCUGUGUCUGGGAACGGAAAUACUGCUACGGAUUCGACUGCCCUGAUCAAUAUUGCCCAUACUGGAACGGUCAAAGCGGACAGCGGAAGCACGGCUAUGGAGGGGGUUAAAGAGUCUCAGGGGGACGCAUCUAAGAAACGCAAUUCCUCGCAGUCAGUGGACCUUUCGGCCCAGAACAUAGGAAACACAAAAUCGCCUAGACUGUCUACGGAAGGCUCGGUAAAGGCUACCACGGCUGGAUCAACAACUGCGGUUGCUGCGGACGCCAGAUCGAUACAGGGAGAGACAUCACCACCGACGGUGCCAAAUGGAGGUGAUACCAUGCAAGCAAAGCGCUCCUCGAGCGAGAGUUCCGCACACCCUCUUCUUCAGCAGGGCUGGAGUACUAAUACCUUGCCUAACAUCUUGUCGGACGCCCAGAGGAAACGAGGUAGCCAACAGUGGGGUCUGGGAAAACAACAACAGCAGCAGCUUAGGCCAGCGCAGUCCUCAGGUGGUGUUAAGCAUUAA